AUGUGUAGUUCCACGAAGGCUUUCUGCGGUGCGGUUCUGGUGGUGCUGGCGAUGUUUGGCCCAUUGGCCGAUGCGGCCAUCGCUGGCAAUGGCGGUGGGUCGGUGUUUUCCGCCUCUUCGAAGAAGGUGUGUGACCAGCGGUACAGCGUGAACUGCCUUAAGCUGGAGUUGGUUUCGUUCCUCGAGCGUGUCACAAACCAGCCAGAGUAUGACCUGAUGGCGGGUGUCAGCGUGGUUCGUGAUCCUGGUGCGAACAUCACUCGUACGGCGGAUAUCGUCGCUGAGGUGACGCGCAUUUUCCCGACCAACCCUGAGCGCCGGUUGGACGAAUUUCUGCUGGCCAAAUUGAACGACUAUCUGCAGACGCACUCACUCCGGCUGAAGCUUGUUGAUGGAGACGCUUUUGCGAAAGCACGUGAGGUGUUUGCUGGCCGAAAGGGCAAGCUGGGAAAGAAGGGUGGACUCGAGACGCUCAUCGCUGGAGCCAUGAUGAUGAAGGGUACACUAGCGGCAGUUGGAUUGGGUGCAUUGGCGUUGAUCGCGGGUAAGGCGUUGAUGACGGGUCUGUUGGCGUUGAUGUUGGCGGCCAUCGUUGGACUGAAGUCACUGGCUGGUGGUGGCGGUGGUGGCCACAAGUCGACUACGUACGAAAUUGUCGCCAAACCGAUGUAUUCGCAUUCGCACUCCGAACACGAUGAAGUUGGACAUGGCCACACGGGUUACGGUGGAUACGGUCGAGCGUACGAUCUGGCUUACUCGGCCCAAAAGCCCCACUGA